GUUAUGUGGCAUCCUAUGGGCAGCCGUGCGGGGACAGAGUAGAAAUGCGCUCUAUCACACACUGUGCCACUAGAACAUAGGCAAUAAGCCAAGUACAGGACUGCCGGCAUCUGCACAACUUCUCAUCAGCAGUUUGGCAGUUGGAUACCUGGGUGCAAAGUAGGGAACCCCGUGUUAAGAAGCAGCAGCAGCACCUAUGUCACGUGCGGGGAGACUGUCAGUCUGUAGGACGAGCUGAGAGUGCACCGAGAUGACAGUCAGGAUGCUGGGCUCUGGCUCUGGGGCUCCUCGCUGCCUGUUGCUUCUCCUGCUCUCUCUCUGCCUGCUGCUGCCAUGGAUCCUGGGAUGCCCGGUGCUGAUCCACAGCUGCAAGUGUGUAGGGGAGAGGUCCAAGCCCAGCCUGAGUCCGGCCAAUGGACCGAGGAAGAAAGUGGUUUGUACCAACGAGGAUCUGUCAGAAGUGCCCGACCCUGCCCUGCUGCCCAACAAGACUGUCACCCUAAUUCUGAGCAACAACAAGAUAAGCACAAUACAGAGCAACUCCUUUUAUGGGCUUAAUAUUCUGGAGAAACUGGACCUGAAGAAUAACCUGAUCAGUAGGCUGGAACCUGGUGCUUUCUUGGGGCUCUCUGAGUUAAAGCGGCUAGACCUCUCCAACAACAGAAUUGGUUGCGUAACAGUCACUGCUUUUCAGGGCCUGAGCAGCCUAAAUCGCCUGUCACUUUCAGGAAAUAUCUUCUCAACUUUGAAUGCUGGGGUGUUUGAUGAGGUGCCUUCUUUGAAAGUUGUGGACUUCACCACUGAACAUCUUACCUGUGACUGCCACUUGCGAUGGAUUUCAUUAUGGGCCAAGAAUGGCACUGCUCAAAUUUCAGACAAGACUAUGUGUGCUUAUCCAAGUGCCCUUAAAAAUCGACCAUUAAGGAAUCUGAGAGAAAACCAGCUGACCUGCGAAAGGAAUCCUGAGCUUCACACCCACCAGCUUAUCCCAUCCCUUCGGCAAGUCGUGUUCCAGGGGGAUCGUUUGCCCAUUCAGUGCACAGCGAGUUAUUUGGGCAACAGCAGCCAAAUCAUCUGGUACCACAAUGGGAAACAGGUGGAAGAGGACAAGGAGAUGGGCAUCAUAUUUGAGGAGACCAUUAUCCAUGACUGUAUCUUUAUGACCAGUGAGCUGUUACUGUCCAACAUUUUGCUGUCAGCCAAUGGAGAGUGGGAAUGCAUGGUAUCAACUGAGCAGGGAAAUAUCAGCAAGAAGGUGGAGCUGGUGGUUCUGGAGACAUCUGCAUCAUACUGCCCAGCUGAGAGGGUGUCCAACAACAGAGGAGACUUCAGGUGGCCCCGCACGCUGGCUGGUAUCACUUCCUACCAGGCUUGCUUUCAGUCUCCCUUCACCUCCACCUUGCUGAAUGGCACGGGCCAGGAGAUGAAAGCUUCUCGUAGAUGUGACCGUUCAGGACGCUGGGAGGAGGGCGAUUAUUCCAAUUGUCUGUAUACAAACGGCAUCACCCGAGUGCUCUACACAUUUGUGCUGACGCCAGUCAACUCUUCCAAUGUGCUGACCCUGGCUCACCAGUUGAGAAUGUACACAGCUGAGGCAGCCAACUUUUCUGACAUGAUGGAUGUCAUUUAUGUGGCUCAGAUGAUGGAGAAGUUUGUUGGGCUGGUGGAUCAUGUUAGACAGCUGGCAGAUGUGAUGUUGGAGAUGACCAGCAAUAUGAUGCAGGUAGAUGACCACAUCUUGUGGAUGGCACAGGUUGAAGACAAGGCAUGCAGCAGUAUUGUCCAGACUGUGGAGAAGAUUGCCAGCCUGACUCUUAGUAGUAACUCUCAGGACUUGUCUGUGAGCACUCGUAACAUAGCGUUGGAAGCAUUCCUCAUCAAACCUGAAAGCUUCAUUGGCCUCGGCUGCACCGCUUUUCAGAGAAGAGAUGGGCAUCGGGGGGGCCACCGACGUGAGAAGGACAGGAAGGAACAAGAAAUAGAAUCACACACUGACCAGAGGCUUAAGUUUCGCUGCACAACUGGGCACAUCAAUGGUUCUCUGCACCAUUUCCAUGUUAAGAAUAACCAUGCUUUAGCUGCUGUGCAUCUCCCUCCAAGUCUCUUCGCCUCCACCUCCUCUUCCACCUGCAAGCUACAGGUCCUGGCUUUCAGGAACGGAAAGCUAUUCAGAAGCGUUGGAAACUCAUCUCGGCUCGCUGAAGAUGGGAAGAGGAGGAGUAUUUCCACUCCUGUUAUAUUCGUAGGAACAAGAGGUUGUGGCAAUACCAAUUUCACUGAUCCAGUAACAGUCACUCUCCGGCACCUGGUGAUGGGAUCCAACCCGCUUCCUGCCCAGUGGAAUUUUAAAGCCUUGGAGGGAUAUGGAGGAUGGAGCUCUGAAGGAUGCCACCUUGUUUCUGAGCAACCCAACAUAACUAUCAUGCAGUGCCAUCAGCUAAGCAACUUUGCCAUCCUCACUGAGCUGAACACAUUUCCCCAGGAGGCUGAAAAUGGCACUGAAAUCCUUCAUCCAGUCAUCUACUCUUGCACAGCGAUUCUUCUCCUGUGCCUCUUCACCACGAUCAUAACCUACAUAGUAAACCACAGCUCCAUCCAGAUUUCCAGGAAGAGCUGGCACAUGCAACUCAACCUCUGCUUCCACAUAGCAAUGACAUCCGCAGUGUUUGCAGGAGGGAUCACCCUGACUGGAUACAUCAUUGUGUGCCAGGCUGUCAGCAUCAUUCUGCAUUAUUCUUCCUUAUCAACCCUGCUCUGGAUGGGUCUAAAGUCCAGAGUCAUUUACAAAGAACUAACUCACAAACCUCAACCACCGCAAGAAGGAGAGACCAGCCAGCCUCCACAGAGGCCAAUGCUAAGGUUCUAUUUAAUUGCUGGAGGAAUUCCAUUAAUCAUUUGUGGGAUCACUGCUGCAGUCAACAUAAACAACUACAGGGAUAACAGUCCUUAUUGCUGUUUAGUGUGGAGGCCAAGCCUUGGUGCAUUUUAUGUCCCGGCAGGAUUAAUUCUUCUCGUCACCUGGAUCUACCUGUUGUGUGCUGGAAUAAAUUUAAGACGUCAGCCGGCUGAACAAAAAGAUGUGCCGGAGACAAAUGACCCUCCGCAGCAGAGUGGAGGCAUCAGCCAACUACUGAGUGAUUCAAGUUCAGUAUCUGUCAAUAUUAAUUCAGCAGCACCUGCGGCAGAGGUGGACAACGUAUAUUGUUUGGAGGUACAGUUCUGGGCCUUAUUGAUUGUUCAUAUUCUCUACAUCGCACUCUGGGGGUUUGGAGCUUUUGCUGUGUCCCAGGGCUGGUACCUCAAUAUCAUUUUCAGUUGCCUUUAUGGGGUGACGGCGGUGGUUCUUGGACUUUUCAUCUUUGUUCAUCACUGUGUACGACGGCAGGAUGUUCAGCGGUCUUGGUUCGCUUGCUGCCCAUCGUACACAGAAGCUUUGCCUAUUGAAGCAUAUGUAAAAACUGGAUCCCCUGUGGAUGACCCACCUCCUGUGUACAGUGGAUGCAACACAGAGGUGGCAAAUUCGAUCAAGUCUUCAUCCUCGCCAAGCAACAGCAGUAACUCUAAUACUGGGCCCUGCAAGAUCACAAACCUGCAGGUGGCCCAAAACCAAGCGGAGAGCUGCCCACCAAAACAAGCCAGCUGUGAAGAGAGUGAACCUGCCAACAAUAAAAACAUGCCCGUUCCCAGUAGGUACAUGAACAACCUUCAUACUCGCCGGAACCAUAAAAGUAGAAGUAAGCAGUAUCGUGAUGGGAAGCACCACAGGUUAAAGAUGCUUCGUGGACCCUCGUCCGAUCAGCAUUCCAGCGAGAGUGGAAGUAUUCACAAUAGUCACUCAGAAAGCUAUAACAGCAGGAACAGUCCAUUAAAUAAUGGCAGACCUGGGGGGGAAGCUCGGGAACCAGAGGGGGCAAUAACUCACUCUGAAGGGAGUGACAGCAGUGGGCAUCACGCACAGAACUUUGCCAAGGCACAAAGGAAAAGUGCAAGUCGGGACAACCUGAAACAGGCAAACAGCAUGGAGCGGGAGUCCAAACGACGAUCCUACCCGCUCAACACCGCUAACCAGAAUGGUGUUCUAAAGGGUAGCAAAUAUGACAUUAACUUUGCAACACCCGAAAACUCCACAGCCAUGAAAACUGGCCUUUGGAAGAGUGAAACUACAGUGUAGCCUUUAGUGCAGGGAUGUGCCUUAAACCUGAUAUAAAUAAGUGUCAUGACUCCACACAAAUGCAUAAUAGGAACUGGGCUCUCCCCAGGCUCAGCUGACUGCAGAUUGCUCAGUGGAGAUGGCUGGACUUCUAAUAACAGCAGGAGCUGUGCCCAGGUGUCUGUGUUUGGAUAAAGGCACAGCCAUGGCAUAUGUUGAAUUAUUCGUACAUGCUUGGGAGCACUGCCCCCUAUAGGAAUACAGUUUAUAGAGGAAUUUCAUUCUAAUCAUCACAGGUGAAAUCCUCAAAGAUGGAUCCAUUUCAUCACUGGUAUAUAAUGGUCACAACCAAAAUGAUACGUCAUCCCAAUCAUAAUGCACUUAUCCUGUGUCUUGCACUCAGUCCUAUAUGGAUUCCAAGAUUAUAUUGGGAUGUAUGGUUAUUGCUUUGUGUAUAAGGUAUGGAGCUCCAUUUCUACCCUAAACUAAGGGGUCAAUGGUGAAUCACUUUCUCAGUUAUCAAAUGUGCCUUAUUACGAACAUUUCUGGUUUAUGUUCCUACUGUGCACUUUCAAAGGAAUGGCCUCGAGGGGAACUCUGGGAUGCUGGGAAUAGACACACUAGAGUAGCCUUCAAGCGUGGCCUUCUGAUUCAUUAAAAACAAAUGUAAAGUUAGGACUGUUAAAAGCAGACCUGUUUGCCCCGAGCUAAUCCUGUUUCCAAAACAAUGGGCAAGUAAAAUCAAGACGGACAAUCAAUUGAGAUAUUCGAAUAUUUGUAAAAUCAUUUUUUGCAUGGUAUGUUUAUUGUUAUAUAAAGCAGAGGAAAAUGUUUAUUUUUCAAAUAUAGAAUUAUAUUGUAUAUAUAUAUAUAUAUAUAUAUAUAUAUAUAGAUAGAACAGGAUCCAUUUUUUUCAGAACUGUAUAUUUCUGUAUUAUGAAAUUUGUUGACUUUUUCCCCUCUCUCGAAAGCUGUAAGAUUAUAUUUGUAAAAACUGUAUGCAAUGGUCUGUUUCCUCUAGAAUUGCCAAGAGAUAAGUAAACUAAAUGUCACGUACUGUAAGUUCAGACAGGUUAAAGUGCCUUUAAAAAUCUGCAAUAAGCCAAAGAACUAGAGUUAGAGAGUUAUGGAAGUGGCCGUCUAGAGAUUCAUUAGCGCCACUCAGUUUUUGCUUUCCUGCUUCACUAGUGUUGGGUUGUUUUUGUUGUAUCCCAGAAUAUAGUGGUCCAAAUGAAAUCAUCCAGAGCAAUAAAAAAUAGCACUUUUCAUUGUGUAGCAAAGGCUUGUACAAACAUGGCUUCCAUCAAUAUCGUUUUCUGCUCGCUCAAUUAAAGUGCCAUAUGAACUAUAUCAAGAGAAGCAGAAAAUAAAUUCUUGUCGAUGGUCUCAAGGCUUUGUUUGUAUAGAUGAGCAUUUACUUGUACUUAAGUGGGAAUAAUCCCAUUUCAAGUGAUUAUCCCUUUGUAAAGGUAUUUUUAUUGCAGAGCUUCCCUAUAAAGUUGAUUCUAAAGCUGGCCAUAGCUGUUCAGCUUUUAUUCCUUGUAUGAUGAACGUUCGGAUGUCGAUUGAUUGUUGGUUCUUUUUAAUGCAAUGAUCUAAAGCUAACCAUACUGAUUUAAAUUGUGGGAUUAAACUGGGAAAAAGAACAAAUCAGAUGAUGUUCUGGCCAUUAACUGACAGACGGCAAUCGUACGAAAGUUACGUCUGACAAAUAGUAGUGACAGUCACCCAUUGAUAUUGUCAGGCGAUACAUGAAGGGAUAUUCUUGUUAUCCAACAGAAAUUUUCUAACCUGUCCGAUCGACUGACAGAUCGCCAUGGUACGAAAAUAUACGGGACGAUUAUAAAGAAUAGACAUCCCCCCCCCCACACAUCCAUCCAUUUUGCUCAUAGAGUGAGCAGAAAGAGAAAAGAGGUUACUAGUAAGUUUUUGGCAGCACCUGGAGGUUAAUGGAAUGUUCCUUCAUACUUUGUGUUACUAUUCUACAAGUCCAUACAAUGAUCCUUAAAAGUACUUAUCAGGUGAAAGCUUUUAAGACUAGAUGGGGCACUGGUUUAUCAUAGGUCAGACAAUGGGCAAAAUGAAAGUUUUCCACCAAUAAAGCUUUACCAAAAUCAAAUAGCAUGUACCAAAGAAACAAAGUCCAAAGCAAAUGGUGUAAUCUUUGAAUGCACCAGAAGACAUGUUUAAAACAAACUAUAUAUUAAAUGAUUUACCAACAAA